UCUCUCUCUCCUCUCUCCUCUCUCCCCUCCCUCCUCUGCCUGCUAAUUUUUUAUGCAUUUUUCUAAACUGUCAUGGCGAUUUUGUGUCCUUGGAAAUAAAAAGCGCCAGUGUUUUUCGGGCUAACCGGGGGGAUGUCUCGCCGGUGAGAGCGUGUGUCCGGCGUCCGGAGCAGAUGCAGUGAAGGGAUAGAAGAUGAAAAUACUCAAGAAGGACAAGCAGCAGAUGUUCACUGGCCUCCUGAAGCACACACCACCUCCGGCCUCCGCUGCAACAGCCUCCUCCUCUGCCUCGGACCAAAACAGCAACGCACAAACUACAGCUCCCACAAUCCCACGGGGACACCUGGUUGUGGGCACCAAGGACCAGCUCCGCCUCCUCACGCCUGUGGGCAGCACGGUGACAUCCAAUCACUGCACCACAUCUGGGGUCCACGCUGCUAAGCACUCCGGAGGAGCCCAACGGCCUCCCUCCUCCCUGAGCGAGGAGGAUGAUGGAGGCGGUGGAGGCAGGGUGAAGAAGAAACGAAAGAAAAAGGACAAGAGGGAAUGGGAGAAAGGAGGAGUGGAAGUCGAGGAAAAGGAAAGCAGCAAACCAAAGAAACGAAGGGAGGAGAAAGAGCCGAUAGUGAUCUCUUUGAGAAAGAGCAAGGAGCCCAAGGAGCCCAAGGAGGGCAAGGAGCGUAAGGAGCGCAGGACCAAGGGAAAGGAGGGCAGGACAGAGAGUGAGACGGUGCUGAAAAAUGCGUCGGGGGUUAAAACGUCAGGUGCCGCUGUUUCCCCCGGACCAGCUCAGAUGCCUGUCAAAGUCCCUGGCAAAAGAGGAAGAAAACCCAAGGUCAAAGUCCUACCUCCUGUACCCCCGAGUCAAGGAGUCCACACAAAAGUCCCAGGGGUGGUGCAGGCCGCCCAAAGCCAUGGCAAGAACCACGGUCAGGCCAACAGCAAGACGCCAGUCCCCACAGCGCCAAAACAGAGGGGUCGAAAACCCAGAGAUCCUGGCGCAGCGCCGGUGGAGAAGAAGAAGAAGGGGAAGAGGAGAAACCAGGUGCUGGCUGUUCAGGAGGGUGUGGAGAGUGAUGACACUACCUCAAUGUCAGCCAUUAACAUGGGUGGAGAGGACAGCCAAGACCCCCUUGAUAAUGCAAAGCGACGUUCAGGACGACAAGUCAAAAGGAGGAAGUACAACGAAGAUUUGGACUUCAAGGUGGUAGACGAUGACGGAGAGACUAUUGCAGUUCUUGGAGCUGGUCGCAUCGCGGCGCUCAAUGCCACUGCUCUGGCAUGGCAGGCUGAGGAACCACCUGAGGAUGAGGCCAACAUCAUUGAGAAAAUUCUGGCUGUCAAAACGGUGAAGAAAGAGACGUCAUCAUCAGAGGACCAAGCGGAGGAGAUGGAGGAGUUUUAUGUCAAAUAUAGAAAUUUUUCCUACCUACACUGCAAAUGGGCCACUCUGGAAGAACUGGAGAAAGAUCCCAGAAUCCACCAGAAAAUCAAGCGCUUCAGGACCAAACAGGCCCAGAUGAAACACCUGUUCACUGAGCCCGAUGAGGACUUAUUUAACCCAGACUAUGUAGAAGUGGACAGAGUGCUGGAGGUAGCUGUUACCACAGAUACAGAGACCGGAGAGGAGGUGACCCAUUACCUCGUUAAGUGGUGCAGUCUCUCAUAUGAGGAGGCAACGUGGGAGCUGCAAGAGGACCUGGAUCCAGAGAAGAUCAAAGAGUUUGAGGAGAUCCAGAAACUGCCUGCAGACCUCAGACACAUUGAGCGUCCUUCUCCAGAAAAAUGGCAGAAGUUGGAGCACUCUAGAGAUUACCGGAAUGGAAACCAGCUCAGAGAAUACCAGUUAGAGGGAAUGAACUGGCUACUGUUCAACUGGUACAACAGAAAAAACUGCAUCCUAGCAGAUGAGAUGGGUUUGGGAAAGACCAUCCAGUCCAUCACCUUCCUCUACGAGAUCUUCAGCAUGGGAAUGCGUGGCCCCUUCCUCAUCAUCGCCCCUCUGUCCACCAUCACCAACUGGGAGAGAGAGUUUCGCACAUGGACGCACAUGAACGUCAUCGUGUACCACGGCUCGCAGAUCAGCCGGCAGAUGAUCCUGCAGUACGAGAUGUUUCACAGAGACCCACAGGGUAACACAAUCCCAGGUGUGCUUAAGUUUCAUGGGCUGAUCACCACCUUUGAGAUGAUCAUGGCUGAUUGUCCAGAGCUGAAAAAGCUGCACUGGCGCUGCGUGGUGAUCGAUGAAGCCCACCGACUGAAGAACAGGAACUGCAAACUGCUUGAGGGUCUCAAACUCAUGAACCUGGAACACAAGGUCCUGCUGACGGGAACCCCUCUGCAGAACUCAGUGGAGGAGUUGUUCAGUCUGUUGAACUUCCUGGAGCCGCUACAGUUCCCUUCAGAAAGCACCUUUCUGGAAGAGUUUGGAGACCUCAAGACUGACGAGCAGGUGAAGAAGCUUCAGGCCAUUUUGAAACCCAUGAUGCUGAGAAGGCUGAAAGAUGAUGUAGAAAAAAAUCUUGCACCUAAAGAAGAGACGAUCAUAGAGGUUGAGCUGACCAACAUUCAGAAGAAAUACUACCGAGCCAUCUUAGAGAAGAACUUCUCCUUCCUGUCCAAAGGAGCGAACCAGCACAACAUGCCCAACCUCAUUAACACCAUGAUGGAGCUGCGCAAGUGCUGCAACCACCCCUACCUGAUCACAGGAGCUGAAGAGAAGAUUCUGGAAAGCUUCAAGAAGAGCCACAGUCCAGACGCACCAGACUUCCAGCUGCAGGCCAUGAUCCAGGCAGCCGGGAAACUGGUGCUCAUCGACAAGCUGCUGCCAAAACUGCUGGCCGGAGGACACAAAGUCCUGGUCUUCUCCCAGAUGGUCCGCUGUCUGGAUAUCCUGGAGGACUACCUCAUACAGAGACGCUACACCUAUGAGCGCAUCGAUGGUCGUGUGCGUGGGAACCUGAGGCAGGCAGCCAUCGACCGGUUCUGUAAGCCAGAUUCAGACCGCUUCGUGUUCCUUCUCUGCACCAGAGCUGGAGGGCUGGGAAUCAACCUGACAGCUGCUGACACCUGCAUCAUCUUUGACUCAGACUGGAACCCCCAGAAUGACCUGCAGGCCCAGGCACGCUGCCACAGGAUUGGCCAAAGCAAAGCGGUGAAGGUCUACAGGCUGAUCACCAGGAACUCUUAUGAGAGGGAAAUGUUUGACAAGGCCAGUCUCAAGCUGGGACUGGACAAAGCUGUCCUUCAAGACAUCAACCGUAAAGGAAGCCUCAAUGGGGUGCAGCAGCUUUCAAAGCUGGAAGUGGAGGAUUUGUUGAAAAAAGGAGCGUACGGAGCUUUAAUGGACGAAGAAGACGAGGGCUCCAAAUUCUGUGAAGAAGACAUUGAUCAGAUACUUCAGAGACGAACUCAGACAAUCACCAUCCAGUCUGAAGGGAAAGGCUCCACGUUUGCUAAGGCCAGUUUCAUCUCGUCUGGGAACAGAACAGACAUUUCUCUGGAUGACCCCAACUUCUGGCAGAAAUGGGCCAAGAUCGCUGAAGUAGAGAUAGACUCUAAAUCAGAGAAGGAGUCGCUGGUGAUUGACACGCCCCGUGUGAGGAAGCAGACCCGUCAUUACAACUCGUUUGAGGAUGAUGAACUGAUGGAGUUUUCAGAGCUGGACAGCGACUCAGAGGAGCGGCCCUGUCGAACGCGUCGCCUGGGUGAUCGCAGCCGCCGGUACCUCCGUGCUGAAUGUUUCCGGGUUGAAAAGAAUCUUCUAAUAUUCGGUUGGGGUCGGUGGAACGACAUCCUAAACCACGGUCGGUUUAAAUGGCACCUCACAGAGAGAGACAUGGAGGUGAUCUGCAGGGCUCUCCUGGUUUAUUGCCUGAGACACUACAAAGGUGAUGACAAGAUCAAGAGCUUCAUCUGGGAUCUGAUCACACCCACCAAGGAAGGCCAAGAUCAGGCGCUGCUAAAUCACUCUGGUUUAUCAGCGCCGGUUCCUCGGGGUAGGAAGGGGAAGAAGCUGAAGAAUCAGCUGAAUGUUCCUGAGGUGAAGAACGCUGACUGGCUGGUCCACUGCAACCCUGAGGUGGUGCUACAGGAUGAGAGCUACAAGAAACACCUCAAACAACACUGCAACAAGGUGCUACUGAGGGUGCGGAUGUUGUACUACCUUAAGGUGGAGGUUCUGGGAGAGGCUGCCAAUCAAGCAUUAGAGGGGGUACCUGCCAGUAAACUCGAGGUGCCACUACCCGACAUCGACUACAUAGAGAUUCCUGUGUCAUGGUGGGAUGCAGAAGCUGACAAGUCUCUCCUCAUAGGAGUUCACAAACAUGGAUAUGAGCGGUACAAUGCAAUGCGUGCUGAUCCAGACUUGUGUUUUCUGGAAAGAGUGGGGAUGCCUGAUGUGACGGCUCUGUCCGUCGAACAAGGAGGAGCAGAGGCGGCCUCUGAGAUGGCUGACAGUGUGUGCAAAACUGAGGAGGCGAAGGACGAUCCUGAAAGCAAAGCUGAGGGAGGGGAGGACAGAGACGAGAACAGCAAGGGGGAGGAAACCUGCUCCAGCACGGAUACAUCAGACAAGCCAGACAGUACCGGUCUAGACUCUCAGAUGUCAGGUGACCUGUGCACCCAAGAUGGAACUUUGGUCACCACAACGACAGCAGGUACAGGGACCGGGGUGGCAGCUCUCCAUGUCGUCCAGGCCCGGCCCCUCUGGCCCACAGGCCCUGCCUUGACGGCCCGAUUACGUCGCCUGAUCACCGCCUACCAGCGCUUCACGCUGCGCCGUGAGCCGCUGCUCAGGCACGACUUCAUGCUUCACGAUGGCCUCGUUGGCAUGGGGAUCGGAGGAGCCGGAGCUGCUCAUAGUCAUCACGCCGGUGGGCCGCUGGCUUGGCAGCUGGGCGAAGAUUUGAGAAGGUGCUCUGUGGUUGCUACAGAACCUGACCCCCUGUUUCUGGAGUGGCAGAGAAGGUGGACUCGUCGAGAACAGGCAGAUUUUUACCGCACGGUAUCAUCAUUUGGGGUGGUGUAUGACCCAGAGAGGAAGGCGUUCGACUGGUCCCAGUUCAGAGCUCUGGCCAGACUGGAGAGGAAGACGGACGAGAGUUUGGAAAGAUACUUCAAUUCCUUUGUCAACAUGUGCAGGACAGCAUGCAAGCUUCCACCCAGGAAGGAAGAAGGACUGGUGGAUCCCGCUGUGAUUGUGGAGCCUCUGACAGAGGAAAGAGCCGCAAGGACGCUAUACCGCAUCGAGCUGCUGCGCAAGAUCAGAGAGCAGGUUCUCCGUCACCCGUUACUCUCAGCCCGUCUUCAUCUGUGUCGCCCCUCACUCUACCUCCCUGUAUGGUGGGAGUCUGGCAAACACGACCGCGACCUCCUCAUUGGGGCGGCGCGCCACGGCUUGAGCCGCACCGACUUCUACAUCCUAAACGACCCUCAGCUGAGCUUCCUGGAGGCUCACAGGAACUAUGUCAGGGGACACCCUGCUCACCUUCAUCCUCAGAGCCACCAUCAUGCUCAUCAUGCGAGCUUGGCGACUCAUCCUGGCAUCUCAUCAUCCUCCUCCUCAUCUCAUCCCCAACUUCCUCAUCCUCACUGCUGUCUGUAUGAUUCGGGGCUCGGUCGCCACUCUCCUCAGCCUCCUGAGUAUCCCCACCAGUCCUCUCACCACCACCACCACCAUCAUCAUCAUCAUCACUCGCAGCACCCUGCGCCUCCAUCUGCUCCCUCUCCUUCCUCUUCCUCUUCAUCUUCUUCUCACCCUCACCUUCACCCUCCACCACUGGAUGCCCAUGAUUCAGCCUCACCAAGUCUGGGAAUAGUUUCUGGACCACGAGGAGAUUUCCUUGACUGUCCUCCUUUGGAUGAAACCCUGGAACUGAGCACACUGCAGCAUGACCCCAUGUCUGCAGAUUCUUUACAUGGAGGAAAGGCUUCCAAAGAUGCCCUCAACGGUUUCCCCUUCAACUCAGCUGCAGGAGGUCAAAGCAUGCUCAACUCAUACGGUGUGGGUGGAACAGACCUGGAUUCAAAACUGAGGAGUGACGUGCUCGUCGGUGAGCAAGGCUCGUCUGAGGAAACUGGGCUGAUGGCGCCAUCAGUGGAGCUGGAUCAGUUACAGGCUCCCUGGGACAGUACAGACCACACUAGUCCUGCUCACCACAUGUUCAAUGAAUCUGAUCCAAUCCUGGGUCCUUCUACCUUGGAGACUGGUUUCCUGGAGGAGGAGGAUGAGGAGGCCCAGGGGGGAGACAGAAGAGGGGAGGAAGGAGGAACUCUGGAGGAGUGUUUGGGCCUCCCACCCUCAUCCCCUCCUUCCCAUCCAUCGGCAGGCGAUUCUGUUGAGCCGCUGUCCUCAAGUUACAUGCUCUUUAAGGACAUUGGCGUGAACGAAGAACCCAGUGCAGAUCAAACAGACCUGUCAGCAAGCCCUCCUCUGCCUUACGUACCGCCUCCACCCCUUUCUCUGUCUGACAUCACUGCCCACGAGCCACAGGAUGGGCUGGGCCACUCUGAUGUCUCCGAGAGCCUGACCAAUCCUGUGGAGGACGGAGAAGAUCGGGAGGAAAGUACCGGCUUUGAGUUCGAUGACAAGGAGGAGGAAGAAGUGGAAGACUUGUCAAGAGAGACCUUGGAAAAACAAAGAGGUCAGCAUCUGGAAGGAAAUGAAUGUGAUCCAAACCAAGGUGCAGACCAAGGUUUGGGAGUUUUGAAUACACCAAUAGAAGUGCCAGAGUUGGAUGGGAUAGAACCAGAAUCGGCCCUUGGAGAACAGGAUGAGAGCAAGGAAGUCUUAAUCCAAAUAUCCCAAGACCUCGAGGGGCGCUUUGACCAAGCAGAGCAUAAAAAGGACUCACCCCAAGACAUGCACUCUUAUCUUGGAAAGCUGGAACAGGAGGGUAAUCUAUCUAUUGAAGAGCCUACAGAGGAGGUGGAGGGGUUGAUUUUAUACCAAGCGGUGGAGGAACGGACUAUGGAAAAUUCUCUUGACACUGAAGCACUGAUGUGCAACGCGACCGAAGAGUUUGUGCAAGUGAAAGUAAUUCCAAAAAAAUCUGGACAGGGCAGUUUGAUGGACCGUGCAGAUCUAGCAGAUCAGGUAGAUGAGAUCUCCGAAGGACAAGUGGAUGAUGUUUCUCCAUUUGAUGUUCCAGUUGUACACCCCUGUGAUGAGACGGAAGACGAGGGUUUGAAACAACUACGUGCCAAAACCAGUGAGAUGGACUUGGAUAGCAUUUACUUGGAAUUUGGACAGCCCUCCUGUCCUUCUGUGUCUGUGUCAUCCCCUACACAACCAUCAAACUCUACUGAAACAACCAGAGAGAGUGACGGCAAAGAGGGGGACAAAAAUGAAGCCUCCACGGCACAGUGCAAGGGCUUAGAGGAAGACCUGAAUUUACCUGAUGGUAGCAGAGAGUGUAACAAUAAGGCCCUGAAUUUCUCCCUUGAUCAGGACAGCAAAGACAGUCUGCUUGAUCAAAAUGAAAUCAAAAUGGCCUCAGCUCUACCCGUGAACAGCAUUGAGGCAAAGCCAUCUGACCUUAAAUUUUCUCAUUUGCCAGAUGGCAAUGGUGAGAAGAAACCAGAGCAAUUGGUGCUACCAGUCAAGAUGGAAGAUACCAAGGAUGUCUGCCCAGAUAGCUCUCAAGUCAAACACACCAGUUUCUUUUCCUACUCCAUAAAGUCAGAAGAUUUGGUGACCAAAGCAGAGCAGUUAGACUAUCCUAUUAAACCUGAAGCACUGGAGACUAAACCUGAAGAUCUAAGCUUUCCCAUGAAGCCUGAGAACUUGGACACUAAACCUGAAUUUCUGCAGUUUGUAGCCUACUCGGGUGGUAAUGAAGUCAAACCUGAAGUCAAACCAUUAGCUCUGGGGUUUGGUGCUUAUCCGGAGGGGACCAAGCUUAAGACUGAGACAAAGCCUGAAGGUCUGAGAUUAGCAGCUUUUCCUGAGACCUCUGCCAUCAAGCCUGAAGCCAAAAUGGAGCGUCUAGGGUUCACAAGUUACCCAGAGAGUUCUGAGAUAAAACCUGAGGCAAAGCCAGAGGGCCUCGGGUUUACAGAUAUACCUGAGGUCAAAGCUGAGACAAAGCACGAGAUGCUGGAGGCAGAUAGCACAGUCCUGACCCCGAAGCUUGAGCAGGCAGAUGGGCUAGUAGACACCUCGGAAAGCCCAGUGGUUAAAGGCCAAGUGAAGGAGGAGAGGCCAAGUACACCAGUGCCUGUGGUGGAAGGGUAUGCUGGUAGCCCGAGGUUUGCAGCUCCUAUUUCAGUGUGUGAGAUUCCCGACAGCCUUCAUGAAAGCAGGGAGCCGACCAUCGCUCAGCUGUUACAGGAAAAAGCCCUUUACUCGUUCUCUGAGUGGCCUAAGGAUAGAGUAAUCAUCAACCGCCUGGACAGCAUCUGCCACGCCAUCCUUAAGGGGAAAUGGCCUUCUUCUAGUGAGCAGUAUGACUCACCGGCCGCCCUGGCUGCCAAUUCCUGUUUGGCGAACAGUUUAGCCCAGCACCACCAACACCGUGUAGGUUUCCUCCCCACCACGGCCUCAGGCUCUGUCCCAACCCAGGCCAGGGUGCAGCAGGCGAAUCCUGGACUGGGGUUUUCCAUUCCUCCCCCUCUCACAAGACUACCUAAGUACAUGUCGCGGGGCGGCGCAUGCGGGCGCGGAGCUUGGCGCCUUACCUCCUUGCCUCUGUUACAGGAGAGGCUUGUGGCUCCUCCCUUCCUCCCUGAGCUCAAACGAGCAGGAGGUCGGAGGUCUUUCGACUAUGAAGCCGCUGCUGCAGCAGCUGCCAAGGUUUUAGCUGGAAAAUCUGCAUCAUCAUGCCACACUGCUGUCACCACAAGCUCCAAUAGUGACAAAGUGCCAGUGGUGGCCCCGCCCUCUCACCGUACAGGAGCCUUGUUGAUAAAUGGUUGGCAAGAAGCAGCCAUUGAUCUAACCAAGUCUUCAGGAGAAAUAAGCACCACAAGUAGCAUUGGGGCAAAUGAAGCUGUGGUUGCACCAGGAAUCAGCCACCACAGUUCUGGUGCUGGCAGCAGUCAUAAGAUACCACCACCGCCUCCCAUCACAGCCCCGCUGCCAGGCUCUGUAGGAAUCGACAUGGCCGGGAUUCUGCAGGCGGGGCUCAUCCAUCCUGUAACAGGACAAAUAGUUAACGGGAGCCUGAGGGGAGAUGAUUCAUUGAGGAGGAGGAGAGGGAGGAGGAGAAAUGUGGAAGCUCUGUACUCUGAGUUCACCAAGAGCCGAGGACUGCACCUCCCUGAAUCACAGGGCCGGGUUGAGGUGAUCAGCCACUCUUCUGUUUCCUCCUCCACCUCUUCGCCAUCUCCCUCUCCUUCAGAGCGACCUGCAGGUCCUCCCACACCAUCCUCCUCUUCUACUCCCACCCCAACCCAGACACCUCCUCAGCCAGAGAUUGUGGCCAUUGAUAGAGAGGCAGCCAGCAAAGGUCUAAUUGAGUGGCUGAGACAGAAUCCAGGUUACAGCAUGGAUCUGCCUGCAUUUGCUCAUUCUGGAGCAGGCCUGUUGCAUGGCUUUGUGGAGCGUCCCAAACAGAGGAGGCAUCGCUGUAAAGAUCCUACCAAGCUGGAUAUAAACUCUUUGACGGGGGAGGAGAGGGUCCCUGUUGUGCACCGAGGCACUGGACGCAGGCUUGGUGGUGCUAUGGCUCCGGCCAUAAAGGAGCUCUCUAGGUGGUUGGAUGCCAACUCGGAAUACUAUGUGGCUCCAGACUGGGCUGAUGUGGUCAAACACUCUGGUUUCCUGCCUGAAGGGAAGUUCUCUCGGAUUCUCACAGAGCCCGUCAACAAGGACCCAGGCUCUCGCCGCCGUGGACGUCGACCUCGCAGCGAAAUGCCUAAGCCUCUCCUCUCCGUCUCUGACUCCUCCUCGUCAGGCCUCGGCCCGCCGCUCUUCAUGAAUGGUGGUUUGAUUGGCAGCAUGGACUCCAUGGUGGCCAUGCAGAAUCUCCGCGGUGGUAUCCCUGGAAUUCCCAUCUCUGGCAUCAUGGCAGCUGGAUUCCCACAUGGUUUCCCUGCAGCUGUCUCAGCGGCAGGAGCUGGGGCAUCUGCUGAAGAUGCCAAGAAUGGGCUGAGUAUGUUACCCAUGAUGCUGCACGGAAUCCCGCACCCCCAUGGGGCCGCAAUCCCACAGCAUGCUUUGUUCAGCGUUGGCACAAUGAUGGCACACACGCCACCGCCACCUUCUCCUCACCCCAGCUCCACCUCCUCUUCGACUUCCUCCUCUUCUUCAGCAUCUGCUGUGAAGGUCACCACGACAACCGCUCCGUCUGCAGCUGAGGCAGCCAGCCCUUCUUCGACAACCCCUGCUGAGAGAGAGAGCACCACCCCUGCUGCUGGUGGCGAAAAGGAGAGGACGCGGGAGGAGAAAGGAGCUGCAGACAGUAACAAACGAGCAGUAGCGGCGGAAGCAGCAGCCAUCAUUACCUCCACCACCAGGGCCCACCUCAGCUCUGCACAUCUUGGAGCUAGUACUGGCAGCCAUCUUACCUUCAACCCCUUCCUAAUCCCAGGCAUGUCCCACGGUCUGCUUUAUCCACACAUGUUCUUGCCACAUGGUGGGAUCAUGGCACUUCCAGCCAUGCCCCCCGGUGCAAUUGAUGGCUCUCCAGGCAGCCCCAAGAGGAGAAAGAAGAGAGGAAGAGAAGAAGGAGAGCGAGAAGAGGAGAGGGAUAAGGCAGCAACUGGAGAUGGAGAGGAUAGAGAAAGUACAGAUAAGGCUGGUGGUACCUCCCACCCAGGCGCCUCUUCAUCUCCCUCCAUCCCCUCUACCUCAGCUUCAGACCCAGGCCCAGCUCCAACUGAAGAGCUCCAGACUGGGCAGGGAAAUGCAGAGGGUGGGUCUUCAGAGCCCCAGGAACCAGACUCCAAUGUCCACACAGAGGGAGCAACAGAUGACAAUGAGAAAAGAUCGGAGGAGACAGGACAGGAGGCGGAGGAGGAGGAGAAGCAGGACACUGAGGAGCAGAGACAGGUGGAGCAAGAGGACGCAUAGAGGAGGAGAACUGCAGAGGCCUGAAAGACAACCCACUUCCUGCUCUCUCCUCCUCUCCUUUGUUGCUCUCUUUUCUCAGCCGAGCAGCAGUGUAAAGUUUGUGCCGUGUCUGUCAGUCAAUGUCCAUGUAAAGACUUUUAUUAUGAUGAUGAUGACUAAUAAUGAUGAUGAUUAUAUUCAACUUGGUCAUGUUUAUAUACCAAGACCCCACCCACCCUCUCCACUCGUUCAUUGUAUACAAAGAAAACUAGUGUAAGAAAUGAUCUCUGUAUUGUUCUGCUUCAUUCUACAUUGAGACUGAGUCGGGAGGGACAAAAACACACCGCAGGUGAUACGGGCUGACCAAGAGCAACUUUCACCGUAAUAUUGAUACCGUUUUAGGCUCAAGGUGAUCCGAGGUGGUGCCUAGUUUUUAUGGACACAAGGAUGACUGGGAAGGUGGGGGCCCAGCCGCCAGAGGUGGUUUUCUGAAGAUAUUUUCCUUGCCACAGUUUUGAAAUUAUGAGACGCUUACGGGGCAGGGGGGUUAAAUCGCCUGUUUUGACACACUCCACUAAAUCUAGGGAAAUUUGUGCAAUGCUGAAAAAUCUGCCAGCUAGAUUAAUGUAAAAGGAGAACCGUGGUUCCCACAUGUAACACUAAAACAGCUUUUCCUAGUUGAUAGUGACAGAAAACACAGGAAAAAAAAAUGAACCUAAAUAUGCAAGAGCCAGUGUCUGCUGCAGAGAAACGACAGACCUGUGAAGAUUUUAGAGUUUAAACCUUUUGAAAUGCUCUAAAUGACCUUUAUACGACUGCAGGCAUCUUUGAAUAAAAGUACAUUUAGUGCAUUUAAAAAUGCUGUCAAAUCAGAAGAAACCAAUUUGUAUCUACUAUUUUCAUGUCGAAUAAAAUUACCAAAAUUGUGAAAAUAACAUUAACUAGAAGAUCAGAGAAUGAGCGGGGUUAGUCAGUCCCAGGCAUGAACGUUAAAUCUUAACUUUAAGAUAGGCUGCCAGUAACCCACGCUUUAGAUGCACAUUUUUAUUUAGAUUAUAAUUUUAUUAUAAUGCUUAAUAUUGUGCUACUGCUGCAAUAACUCCUCCAUGAAGUAGAUUACAAAGCUAAAUUUAAUGUGAACACUAGAUGAUGAAUCCAGAGUCCCAGAACAGGAGCAGAAAUUCAGAACAUUUAUCUCCAUCUCAAUUCAUUUCAUUUGCUUCGGUUUAUAAAGGCAAGGAACAAUCAUGAGAGUUGUUUGUUUUAUGACUUUUUAACUCUUCAUUUUAUUUUUUAACUCAGCCACAAAGUCACUUUGGAGAC